AUGUCGACCUCGGCAGCAACAAGUGGAGAGCUGGUCUCCCACAGCCACAACAACAACGACAACAGCAACAGCAACAGCAACAGGCAAACCGGCAACGAAAACAACGGCGGCGGCGGCAGCAGCAGCAGCAACAACAACAACAACCAUGGAGAGAUGGGCCAGGUCGGGGGCGCUGUUGGAGCAGGCUCCAACCAUCCUCGACUCGUGGGUCCUUACGACACCCGCCCCCCGCCUCCCACCACGCAACAUCCGCCACAACCAGGUGGUCUGGUGUUCAACCGGGGCUCUACUCGAGCACCCGCGUUGUACACCUCGACAAUUCGAACGAUAGUGCCGCACGUCGCCAUCAGGCAGGGACACAACGUGGCGGAUAGGCCGUAUGCCUAUGAGUGCGAAGUCUGUCGGAGGCGCAAUCGGAAGGUGCAAGACUUCCAUCGACACAUGAGGCAGUUGGAGGGGAGGGAGGGAUUUCGGUUGGUGCGGCCGGUACCCCAGGUGGAGAUGACGUGGUACGGGGUGGACGAUGCAGGGUACCGGUAUAGGGGUCCGUUGUUGAGGCUCGGGCAGGAGCCCUUGAGCAGGAGGCGAAGAUGA